AUGGUCAAUCUCGCCGCUAUCAAGGUCGGCAAUGUACGGUAUAACUCCCCCACGACCCAGGUCGUCAUCGUCGGCUUUGUCUGUUUCUGCUCCGUCGGCAUGUUCUCCGCCAUCUCCAAUCUGGGUGCAGGUGGAACGCAAGACCCGCAAUUGUCAUCUACGGCAAACGCGACGCUCUAUGCGUGCUUCGCUAUUAUGGGCUUCUUUGCGGGAUCCGUCAAUAACAUUCUUGGGCCGCGCUUGACGCUGAGUCUCGGAACGAGCGGGUAUUCGCUGUAUAUCGGAUCGCUUUGGUGUUACCAAGUCAAUGGGACUCGUUCCUUCCUGAUCGCUGCUGGUGCCAUCCUCGGUAUCACCGCCGCCCUCCUCUGGUCCGCACAAGGCAGUGUCAUGAUGUCAUACCCACUCGAAAAAGACAAAGGCCGAGCGUUCAGUAUCUUCUGGAUGAUUUUCCAAUCGGGCACCCUCGUCGGGUCCGCCAUCGCCCUCGGUAUCCAGGCCAACUCGACCCUCCCUACCGUGUCCACCUCGGUCUACGUCGCAUUCAUGAUCAUCAUGCUCACGUCGAUCGCUACGAGCUGGCUCAUCCUCCCCCCCAACUCGGUCGUCCGGGGCGACGGGACGGUCGUGGAGCUCACAGCGGCCCUAGGCCCCAGGGAGGAGUUUUCGCAUUUCUUGAAGCUGUUCAAGGACAAGAGGGUGGUCGCUCUCUUCCCUGUCUGCUUUGCCUCCAACUACUUCUACGCAUACCAAGGCGCCAUCACCGUACACCUCUUCAAUGGCCGUACUCGCGCCCUCACUGCCCUCGUUACAGGUCUCGGCUCCAUCCUCGGCGCCCUCUUCCUCGGUGUCCUCAUUGACAAGCUCCCCUUCCGACGCAGGAUGCGCUCCUUCAUCGCCCUUGCGGCCGUCACUGCCCUCGCAUUAGGGAUCUGGAUUGGCGGACUCGUCCUCCAGGUUCAGUUCACCAGGCAGAGCGUGCCGCCCGUAUGGGACUGGACAGACAAAGCUGCGAUCGGGCCGAUCAUCCUUCUCGGCGCUUACUACUUUGGUGACGCAGCCUACCAAGGUCUCGCAUACUAUACCAUGUCAGCCAUGUCCAACGACGCCUUCCGUCUUGCCAGAUUGGCGGGGUACUACAAGGGUGUCCAGUCAGCCGGUGGUGCCGUCUCAUUCGGCAUGGACGCAGUCGCCACCCCUUACCUGACCGAACACCUGGUCUCGUGGCUGCUCCUCCUCUUUUCCCUCCCAUUCAUGUUCUACGUCCUCUACAUGACCCCCGAUACCAACUACGACACCGAGUCGGUGUACCACGUCGAGGAUGUCGCGGAUGAGAAGAUGGGCGGGGCGGCGAUGCCCAAGGGGCACCACGCGGAUGAGCAUGUCCAGGUGGCGAACAUGACGAGGGAUGGGGAGGUGGAUCAGAAGGCGUACUAG